AUCCAGGCUCAUUCCAUUUGAGUCAGUGAAUAGCGACAAGACCAAAAACUCUUACGUUAAGAUCUAAUAUCCUGGAAGAUUCUGAGGACAGACAAAAAGGUAAAUCCAUUUUAUUGUAUGACCUAGCGCUAGCACUCGGAAUAAAACUGCAAGCAACAAAGCUGUGUUCAAAGGUUAUGGACAAAAAAUGGUGGUGAAAACAGCAACUUCCUGGAUUUCUUUGUUUGCGGUUUCCUCUUUGGUUUUCUGUCUCGCUGCGGGCGACAAAUCCGCGCAAGCAUCAAGCUCCAAAGUGCAACAUCCUCCAUACUUUUAUGCGGGGAUACCUGGUAUGCACGGAAAGCCCGGGCUUCCCGGGGCACCUGGUCGUGACGGCCGUGAUGGACGCGAAGGAGUUAAAGGUGACCGGGGCAGCCCAGGGAAGACUGGACCACAGGGUCCUCCUGGCCCCAAGGGAACUCCGGGUGUUAAAGGAGAACCUGGAGUACAGGGUCCUCCCGGCCAAAAGGGGCAGCGGGGAGAAAGUGGGGUAAACGGAAUCCUUUUGACUCCCGGUAUGAUGUCUUUUAAGAACUGGAAAGAGUGUGCGUGGAGCAACUUGAAUGACAACAAAGACCACGGCCUCAUCAAGGAGUGUGUGUUUAGCAAGAACUUCUCCGACACAUCUCUUCUCGUUUCUUGGACUGGAACCCUUCGGGUCUAUAGAUGCACCACCUGCUGCAAACGCUGGUAUUUCACCUUCAACGGUGCUGAAUGUUCAGGUCCCCUGCCUAUUGACGGCAUUGUGUACCUGGGUGGUGCUGGGUCUCAAGAUCCUCACCGCGUCCGCCAUAUUGAGGGUCACUGUAACAACAUCCACAAAGGCAAGGUGCGCGUGGGGUUCUGGGUCGGUAAUUGUCAGUCAAACAGCCGAAAUGAUUACGAUGCCCACACUGGUUGGCAAUCAGUGUCGCGGAUCUAUGUCGAAGAAAUCCCGAAAGCACAAGCUUAGAUUGCGAAACAGAACAUUCGUUCCUAUAUAAACGCUUGGACUGGUAAAAGUAAAGGCUCUUUGAAAUAUGGGUUUGCUUUGUAACAAUUAUUAUUCUCUGAUAAAAUAAAAAUAAGGAAGAAAAUGGAGAAUGUUGUGUCUGUUUUUGUUUUGCUUCCUUUGCGUCCACUUACUUUGCUGAUAAUGACUCGUUGGUUGGUGUCUUCUUUGUUAAUUUGAAAUUUGAACCUGUCAUGUUAUGCUGGCUCAUAGUUCUCUUUGGUUCCUCAAGAUCUUUUUGUUAGUCUCGAUGAGCCUUUGUGAUUUCUUUCUUUCUGCGUCUGUUACAUCAAGACCUUGUUAACAUCAUGCCUAAGAUAUUUGGGAACGCAAUUUUACAGGUAAGACUAACCGUCCACAUGCAAUCCGCAGGAAUGAUUCACUUGAACGGCGCUUCCCGAAUACAGUUAUCAAGAUGGAUAAGUAUGACUAAGCUUUAGGUUAAAUCUACCC